ACUCUCCACCUUCCCCUGCCCCAACUAACAAAAACCAAAAAAGUUUAUAUUGGGAUCUCCCGUAUAAUUUAAAGAUCAAAUACUUGAUAGCCUUUUCUUAUUUCCUACACCCACAGGAACUCAAAAUGUUGAUCUUUCUAUCUCCAUCGUCUCCCAAAUGUCUUCUCCCAUCACCAAAACAACACCCAUACAAUCCCAAAUCAACACAUCUCAAAAUCCAAUGUAUGUCUAACCAAACAUCCUCAACCUCAAACCCAAUCGAAAAAAUCGCCAUAGCUGGUGGACUAAUAUCAACACCAGUAAUAGGAUGGUCACUUUACACCUUAAAAACAACAGGCUGUGGACUUCCACCAGGACCUGCUGGCUCAAUUGGAGCAAUUGAAGGUGUGAGUUACUUAGUUGUGGUCGGUAUUGUGGGUUGGUCAUUGUACACCAAAUCGAAAACCGGGUCGGGUUUGCCCAAUGGACCAUUUGGAUUGUUGGGUGCUGUUGAAGGGUUGUCUUACUUGUCAUUGUUGGCCAUUUUGGUUGUGUUUGGGUUGCAGUUCUUGGAACAGGGUUCGAUUCCUGGGCCACUCCCUACCGAUCAAUGCUUUGGUUAAGAUUUUAUUGAUCCGAGAUGAGUAGAGGCGGAUUCGAGAUUUAAAAUUUUUAUUCAAGAUUUUUAGUAUCAAAUAGAUUGUGUUGUUAAAGUUAUGAAUUCGUAUCUACUGUUUGUCGUGUUGGUGAAUUUUCAUACCUAAAUUUAUGCUCUGUGAUGAAAGUAUCUUAUUCAGAUCAUGACUGUAUUUAUUGAGCAAAAUAUAGUACACAUGAACUUAUGAUCUCUGUAAAAUUAGACAUUUUUUUAGAGUUGACAUCACGUUGCAAAAAGGCUGAAUGGUGCACUUGAUU